AGGUUGACUUCUCUUCCAUUUCUUUAUGAAUUUUCCCACUCUGGUAUAUUUCUUCAAUAACCUAGUAAAAGCUAGUAAUAGCUAGAGUUUAUUUGACACACGUUGCAAAAAUUAUCUGGCUAUAUAAGUACACAUCACACCAUGAUAAUAGUAGGUGCACUUGGAUCGGCAAAUUAAGCAAUGGCAUCUUCACAGCCAGUGUGUCUAGCUAGUUCUUCUCAUUUAGUCCUGAGCAUCGAGGAAGAGCUCGCCAAAGACCCCAAAAUCACAGUCCCAGAACGCUAUGUUCGCGUUGGUCAAAACCCUCCAAUUCUAGAAACCCCUAUACCAAUCCCCACAAUCGACAUGAAACAACUUGUUUCCCUAGAAACUAAAGACUUGGAAAAAAAGAAGUUGCAUGAAUGUUGCAAAGAAUGGGGUCUCUUUCAGAUUUUCUUGGCUGCAUGCAUUGGAAAAGAUAUUAUCACUUUCUUCUCAAGUAAACAACCUAAUAGUUGUCAUAUUGUUGUUGCGCAGUUGGUAAAUCAUGGAGUUAGUUCUUCACUCUUGGAGAAGCUGAAUGAUGAGAUUGAAGGAUUCUUCAAGCUUCCUUUGGAAGAAAAAAUGAAGUACAAGAUAAGGCCAGGUGACGUUCAAGGCUAUGGAACCGUGGUCCGAUCCGAUAACCAAAGGCUUGACUGGGGUGAUAGGAUGUAUAUGAUAAUAAACCCUCUUCAUAGACGAAAGCCUUAUCUCUUUCCAGAGCUCCCUUCAUCUUUGAGAGAAACUUUGGAGGCUUACUUAUUGGAGUCACAAAGACUUGCUAUGCAACUUUUUGGUUAUUUGGGAGAGCUCCUAGAGAUGGAAAUGGGAGAGAUGGAGGAGUUGUUUGAAGAUGGGAUGCAAUCUGUGAGGAUGACCUACUAUCCUCCAUGCCCACAGCCAGAGCUGGUUGUAGGUCUCACACCUCACUCAGACGCAGCUGGUAUCACCAUCCUCCACCAAGCUAAUGGAGUCGAAGGUUUUCAAAUAAAGAAAGAUGGUGUUUGGAUUCCUGUGAAUUUCCUCCCAAAUGCCUUUGUUGUGAAUAUGGGAGACAUUCUAGAGAUUUUGAGCAAUGGUCUCUAUAACAGCAUUGAGCACAGAGCAAAUGUAAAUCCAGAGAAAGAAAGGAUCUCCAUUGCUAUGUUUUUCAACCCAAAAUUUGAGGCGGAAUUUGGGCCAGCAAGUAGUAUGUUAAACCCAAAUAACCCACCAUUAUUUAGAAGGGUGGGAAUGGAAAAGUAUGUCAAGGAUUUCUUCUCUCGGAGCCUCAAUGGAAGGACAUACUUAGACUAUAUGAGGAUCAAAAACGGAGAAGCCAACAGUGCUAAUUGAUGGCCAAAACUGAAUGUAAUAUGUCAUAAUAUUUAUUAUGUGCAGUGGUGCUUGAGUACUGGCAGUGGCAAUAGCGUCUUUAUCGAUUUAAUGCGCAUUUUGAAUGGUGAUAUGUCAUAUGUCAUCUUUAUCGAUGUAAUAUGUCAUAUUAUUCGGCUUCACCAUGAUUGAAUCUAAGGUGCGGUUUGGAUUGGUCUU